AUGCGGUCCGUAGAUGCAUCGCAUGCAAUCACACACAACGACUCGGUACGACUGACUGUGCGCAAGCCGCUCACUCUAGUUCUACAACGGGAGGAAGUGGACGUCUCUUGGGGCUUUGGUAUACGUAAUGGGGUCAUAUCCUCGGAAAUUGAACCAGACUCGCCGGCAGCUCUGGCAAACCUACCCCCGGACCACGCUAUACUGUCUGUCAAUGGGAAUGAGGUGAUCUGUCUGAGUGACGAGGAGCUUAAAAAAGUGUUACAAAAGGCUGGGCAUGAAUUACGGGUCAAACUGAGGCACGUAACUGUAUACCGGGAGUUGCUGCGAAGUGUAGGGCUCUCUCUCAAAAGCAGCAGCAAACGAAUGUACGGCAUGUUUCCCGUCAACACCGAGAAAAAGGAGAUUGUCUCGAAGUUUGAGAAGAUUUUGGAUCCACGGCCAAAGGGGAUCAAGGAUGAUCGAAACUUUCGUGUUCUUAAAGAAGGAUAUAUAGUGAAAGAAUUGGAAUCAGCCGAGUCAUCUUCAGAAGAGUAA